GCACUGUCUACGUUUGCCUGCUACACCAUUGAUGAUGGAAGGGGGCCCUUCAAGGAGGCUCAGCAGGCAACCUGGCGGUACGGGUACUGGGUGCGCAACAUGCAAGCGAUGUGCUACAGCGGAGACCACCUGCAUGUGUACGUUCCCAUCGGGGUAGUGGCCGUUGUGGUCUUCUGCGUGCUGCCCCCGCUGGUGUCUUUUAUAUUCGUGUGGCGCGUGCGAGGACGCCUGGAAGAUGCCCACGUGCGCAAGGUCUACGGCUUCCUCUACAAGCGCUACAAGCCUAGCUUCAUCUGGUGGGAGACAGUGCUGCAGUUGGAAACGCUCAUCCUCGUCUGUGUUGAAGUGCUGGGCCGCGGACUCGAUGUAUCUACCCAGGCUCUCCUGCUGCUUGCCGUGUUCACGGUCAUUGCGCUCAUCAAUGUCAGCUGCGCUCCGCUCCUGUCGCGGCUGCUGGUGAUCAUGGAGUUCAUGUCGCUGGGAACACUCAGCCUUACCAUCACCCUCAGCCUGUAUUUUACAGUUGAAGACGAGCUCAAUCCUCUCGUUGGGGAUGCAUUGUCCAUCCUCAUCAUCACCCUCAAUACCAGCCUGAUGGUCUUCUUCUUGUAUAUUGCGAGCCGGAACUUUUGGCCCUUAGCCGUGAGGAAAGUUGCUCCAACGGCCAAAGCGGUGAUACAGAGGCUGGCCAGCAUUGGCAGCGCUCCCAGCAACCAGAAGGACCCCAGCAAGGAGGACAGCAGCAGCGGUGGUGACAACAAGCGGGUCGCGCAUUGGGCGGUCCUCAGUCGCCUCACUACCCGCUGGCGUGAUAGGCUGGUAGCUCUCCCUGAUACACAGCCGACCGCGUCCCAUGGGGACUCUUUGGGGCGCUCUCUGGACCGUCUAAGUGUCGAAUGCCGUGACGUCAAGCCCCCAAUCAGUGGUGCAGACUUCAAAUCUCUGCCCGUGGCGCUAUCUCUCAACAAGGGAUUAGACAUCGCGCGAGCCAGCAUUUGCCUGGACCGAUUGAGCAGCGUUUCCGAGGAGAUUGUACAAGAAGCGUUUAAUGGGCAAGGGCCCAACGGCCACGCCGGCAAUGGGCAACGGCCGGGCCACGUGCUUAUCCAGCUGGACCAGAUUCGUUGA